AUGCUGAUACUGAACGCGCCGUUCAUCAUCUACGAUGCGUUACAACACUGGUUUUCGAAAGAAGGUCAGUCUUCUGGUGGACCUGGGUAUCGUAUACGGUACGUUACAGUGAAAGGAAUGUCUCUUGGAAAGUUGAGCAUCGAUAAGGUUGACGUAAAGGGGAAGCGGGUACUUAUUCGGGUGGACUUCAACGUGCCGCAGAAGGAUGGGAAGAUCACGAACAAUCAACGUGUGGUUGCAGCUAUACCAACAAUAAAGUACUGUUUGGACAAUGGUGCUAAAGCAGUGGUUCUCAUGUCACAUCUUGGACGUCCAGAUGGUCAGAAGAACAUGAAAUUCACGCUAGCUCCAGUAGCAGAAGAGCUAAAAAAGCUUUUGAACAAAGAAGUGAAAUUCUUGCCGGAUUGUGUUGGUGCAGAAGUUGAAGCUGCCGUCGCUGAUCCAGCCCCAGGAUCUAUUUUCCUUUUGGAAAAUCUACGAUUUUACGUAGAAGAAGAAGGCAAAGGCGUCAAUGAACAUGGUGAAAAAAUCAAAGCUGAUCAUGAUGCCGUGGAGAAAUUCCGUGCCUCUCUGACCAAACUUGGUGAUAUCUAUGUAAAUGAUGCUUUCGGAACUGCACAUAGAGCUCACAGUUCUAUGGUUGGUGUUAAAUUGGAUACUCGUGCAUGCGGAUUUUUGAUGAAGAAUGAACUAGUAUACUUUGGAAAGGCUCUAAGCGAUCCGGACAGGCCAUUCCUUGCUAUUCUAGGUGGUGCUAAAGUUGCUGAUAAGAUUCAGUUGAUCAAGAACAUGUUGGAUAAGGUUAAUGAAAUGAUUAUCGGUGGCGGCAUGGCGUUCACUUUCCUCAAAGUCGACCAGAAUGUUGAGAUCGGGAAUUCACUCUAUGAUGAGGAAGGAGCUAAGAUUGUCAAGGAUUUGUUGGCGAAGGCAAAGGAAAAGAAUGUACUGAUUCAUUUGCCGGUCGAUUUUGUUGUUGGAGAUAAAUUCGCAGAAGAUGCGAACUCAAAAGUUACCACUCUUGCCGAAGGAGUUCCCGCUGGACACAUGGGUUUGGACGUCGGACCAAAAUCCCAGGAACUAUUUGCUGAAGCUGUCGCUAGAGCAAAGACCAUAGUCUGGAAUGGACCACCAGGAGUUUUUGAAUUUGAAAAAUUCUCACAAGGAACAAAAUCUUUAAUGGAUGCCGUUGUAAAAGCUACCGCAUCUGGAGCUGUGACGAUCAUUGGAGGUGGAGAUACUGCAACUGCUUGUAAGAAAUUCAAAACCGAAGACAAAGUCAGUCAUGUGUCUACAGGAGGAGGUGCUAGUCUGGAACUUCUCGAAGGAAAAGUACUACCUGGCGUAGACGCACUCUCUCCUGCUCCAUAA